AUGUAGGUUUCAAUAGAGAUUGCAACAUGGACCCAUAACAAUCAUGGAUUAUUUGAUUAUGAAUCAAAAGAGUUAAAGACAUCUAAAAUAAGUGUGAGAAAUACAACUAACUUAAUUUUAAAUGGUAUGAUAUUGCAUAAAUAUUAAAACAGAAGACAAUUCUGAUACUAUUGUAUAAUCUGAUAAGAUUAUUGGUGAUUGCAUUGGAUCAAUAAGUUUUGAAGGCAAUUCUAUAUGUAAAUAGAUAAUGCAUUUGUAGAUUUUAAAAGUAAUCCAGACUUUUAAGAUGCAUAUGUGAAAUUAGAUCCAUAAUAAAAAUAAUAAUUAUAUGUAGGAGACCUAUUUAAAUUUGGAAGAAUGUAAAAAUUACCCUAAAUAUAAGGGAAUAUUUUGUAUCUGAGUUAAAUAAUGGAGAUAAAGUAAUGAUGGCUGAAGAUCUUUAUAAAUUAGAAAGACAUAUUAAAAUACAAAAGAAGAAAGAUCCAAGAUAAUGUAGAUUUUGUUUAAUGGAUGAUUAAGAGGAAACAGAAGACCCUAAAAAUCCAUUUCUCUAAGAUUUGUGCAGUUGCAAAGGACUAAUGGCAUAUGUACAUUUUGAAUGUCUAAAAUAAUGGGUUAAUUUUCAAAAUAGAAUAUCAUGUAGAUAAACAUAGAAUACAGUUUAAUAUCAAUGGAAUAAAGUUUUAGAAUGUGAUGUAUGUUAUUUAAAUUUAGGUAGGUUUGUAAAGAUCCCCUUCCUGCUCGAGUUUAUCUUGAGAAUUAACCUGAACCUCUUUAAAUGAUUUAAGUUGAAAAAUUAGAUGGUCCCUACAUCAUUCUUGAAUAAAUUACAAGACAAGAGAGUUUAUCAAAGAGUUUGACAUUUAUGCAUGCUUUUGGAUCAUGUUCUGUAUCAAUUGGUAGAGGACACAAUAGUGAGAUUAGAUGUCAAGAUAUAUCAGUUUCAAGAAUUCAUGCCAAUAUCUCAUAUGAAAAAUACUGGUAUAUAUAAGAUCUUAACAGUAAAUUUGGUACAUUAAGGAUCAUUCAAAAUAAACUAUAAUUACUAAAAGAUGUAUAAGAAAUAUAAAUUGGAAGGGUAUUAUUAAAGAUUAAAAUUAUUUGA